UUUAAAUAGGAACAAUUUGUCGAUUCUCUGGCCAGGUGAUACUGUAGAAUGGGUAGCAAAACCUGAAAACAACCUUUUAUUCUUUGGUGUGCUGUAGUAUACAAUGGACUAAUCCUAAAAAUGACGUCCCAUAACAGAAGAUAUAACUUCAAAUAUCCGAAGCCUCUUGUUGAGUCUUCUAACAAUAGCAGGCUAUUGUCUCCAAGAAGACCACAACCAUCACCUUCCAAGCGGGAACUAAUGAUGCAAGAACUUGGAUUUGCGGAUUUAGAUAACGUGACAUCAGAAAGCUCGGAAAGUUCUGACAUAAGUGAUGAUGAUACCUUAUCUACAGUUGCUGGACUCACCAAAGCUGAAUAUGAUAUACUUCAGAGAGAACGAGAUAACCUUCUAUUUAAAAAUAAAGAACUUGAUAAUGAAUUAAGAUUAUGCAAAGGACAAUUACAUAGAGAGGAAACAAAGCGAAGCCGCCAUGUAAAAAUUCUGAAAAAAGCUCAAAAUGAACUUUUGAAAGAUAAAAAUCAACUGAUUACAAAUCUAGAAGAUAUUGUCUUUGAAUGUGAACAUAAGAUUAAGCAGUUGGAGGAUGAUUUGAAAGGAAAUCCUAUUAGACCGACUGUUGAUGGCUCUGCUCAAGUAUCAAACAUUCAAAAACUUGUGGAUAAUAUAAAGUCGUUACAUGAUGAAAAAUCUGUUAUGCGUGAACAGCUAAUUAAUCUGGAACAAGAACUAGAUGAAAAGACAUCAGAAAUGUUGGAUUUGAAGGAAAAUCAAACAAUGAAUGGAAACUUCAUAAUCAAAGACAAUCAAAAAACAGAUAAUGAAAAAGUUGUUGAAAAGUUAAAAAAGAGUAUCUCUGAAUUGGAAAGCGCUUUGAAAGAUAAAAAUCAUGAAUUAAUUGUUGAAAUUGAUAAGACUGAAUUGUCCCAUAAUAAGAUAGAAAAAUUGGAAAAAACUGUCCGAAAAUUGGAAGAUGACAAGAAAAAAAUUGAGAAGAAAACAUGGAUGGAAAUUGAAGUUUUAAGAAAAGACUUAGAGACGAAAAAUGAAAAAAUAUAUGAUUUGGAAAAUAAACCCCCAGAAAUAGUCACAAAAAUGAUUGAAAAAGUUGUUGAGGUUGAAUCAUCUGAGCAAAAGAGUGAAAUAGGCGAAGCAAAAAACAAAAUAACUCAAUUGGAAAACUUCCGCAAUGAUGCUGAACAAAGUCUUCAGAAGGCGAGGAAUGAAGUAACACGUUUGAGAGAUCAGCUGAGUAAAUACCAAUUGGAAAUGAGUCAGCUCAAAUCUGAUGCUAAUGAAGCUAGUUCUCAAUAUCUUGAUGAACAAUCUAAACUGCAAGAUGAAAUAAGGAGGAUUGAAGCAGAACUUUCUUCUGAAAAGAAAAGUCAUGAUAAAUUAAAGAAAAGUGUGACAAAAGAGAAAGAAAAAUUUGUAAACUUGGAACAAGAAAUGCAAGAACUGAAAGCGUCUUCGAGGAAGAAUCGUGAUGAAAAUAUGUUUGAAAUUGAGGCUUUGAAAAAGAAAAUGCUGCAGCAAAAAGACGAUUUAACAAAGGAACUUGAUGAGGGAAAUGACGCUGCAGAGAAACAAAAACAGGAGUUUGAUAAAGACGUUGAACGAUUGGAAAGUAAAGUGUUACGAACUGAGGAGAAAUUGAAGAAAUCAAAACACACAAUUCAGGAAUUAAAUACAAAACUAAAUGAAAAAUCGUCAAAGAUUGAGUCCUUGUCAAACGAUUUGGAAACCAAAGAAGAUUCAGUCACUUCGCUUCAAACUGAAUUACAUGAGAUAAAUUCUGUACUGAAAAAAGAACAGCAACAAUUAUUUUCUGUUCAACAGAAACUCGUUUCUGCUAAUGAUAUGAGUGAAAAUCUGCAAUCACAAAUUAAUGAUCUCAGUGGAGCAUCUGAUGUGGCAAUCGUUGAGUUAUCUACACUGAAAAGUGACAAAUCAAAACUGGAACAUAGGUUGAAACAGAUGAAUGAUAUUGUAUCAGAAUAUGAACGAAAAUUAAAGGACGCUGACGACAAAGAGGAACAAAUGAAGCAACAAUGCUAUAAACUUGAUCAGGAAAUUGCAAACGAAAGAAGAGAAACACAAAGAAAGCUUAAUGAAUUACAAGAAAAUCAUGAUUCUGUUCUUAAUGAUAUCAAAUCGUCUGCAAGUAAUGAUUUGCACAAUGUCAGCACAAAACUUUAUAAAGUUCAAUGUUCUUUGAGGCAUCUGCUUUCUACUGUACAUAUUUUGGUAAAGGAAAAUAAUCAUAUUAAAAAAGAGUGCUCUAAAUUUCCAUUGAUAAUUGAGGAAGUAAUGAGACACACUGAGAGAAAAAUUGGCGAUGCUAUUGCUGAAAUCAGUGAAAACAGCAAAGAAUUAAUCAGAAGAUAUAAAAAAGAAAUGAACUUGAGAAAGAAAUACCAUAAUGAACUGGUUGAACUGAAAGGUAAUAUUAGGGUGUUUGUUAGAGUGAGACCAACAAUAUCCGAGGACGGGUCUGGUAAUCAAGCUAAGAAUGCUGUAACGUAUGACCAUGAUGAUGAUGGUAUGAUAUUUGUACAUAAUUCUCAAAGAGGAAGAAGUCAACUUUUCGAGCUGGAUAAAGUUUUCCAACCAACUUCAACUCAACCUGAAGUUUAUUCUGAAGUUCGAUCAUUGGUUACAUCAUGCAUCGACGGGUAUCAUAUCUGUAUUUUUGCAUAUGGUCAAACUGGCUCUGGUAAGACAUACACGAUGGAAGGGCCAACAUCUGACCCGGGAAUCAAUCAAAGAGCUCUUAGUGAUUUAUUUCAAGACAUUGAGGAAAGAAGAGGAGAAUGGAAAUUUGAAGUGUCAGUUUCUUUGGUAGAAAUUUACAAUGAAACUUUAAAGGAUUUACUGAAUCUAAAACCAACUACAGAAAAACUGGAAAUUAAAAUGAACGGCGAUGGCGGCUUAUAUGUUCCUGGAUUAACUUGUAAAAAAGUUAAAAACAUUGAUGACGUGAAUGCAUUGUUUAAACUUGGGCAUACCAAUCGGAAAACAGCUUCAACAAAUAUGAAUGAACAUAGUUCACGUUCUCAUGCUGUACUUAUGGUAUAUGUGGAAGGUACCAAUGAAACGACCGCUGUUAGAAGUUUUGGAAAGUUAAAUUUGAUAGAUUUGGCAGGUUCAGAAAGGGUAUCCAAAUCUGGUGCUUCUGGUGACCGAUUGAAGGAAGCCCAAAAUAUCAACAAAAGUCUCUCAGCUCUCGGUGAUGUAAUUCAUGCAUUGGGAGGAAGACAAGCUCACGUUCCAUUUAGAAAUUCUAAAUUGACUUACUUGCUUCAAGAUUCGCUAAGUAAAGACAGUAAAACAUUGAUGGUGGUUCAAGUUGCUCCUGUGGAGAAAAAUGUCAGUGAGACUUUGUGUUCAUUAUCAUUUGCUCAAAGAGUAAGAAAGGUAGAAUUGGGUCAAGCGAGCAAGAAAACUGAGGAAAUAAAGCAAGAUGACUCGAGUUCUACUCCCCGAAAAAGCGGAAUCCCAUCGUCUAAAACUGGCCAGCAAUCAAGGAAGAAAUUUUAAGCCUGUAAUGGUUUUAGUCUUCAAUUAUUAAUCUUUCAUUUUAUCACAGUGAUUGUUCAUUAUAUCAUUUGUUUGUAUGACCGUUAUAUAUUGUUGGCACAUUAAGAAAUUUUACAUAUUCAAUACCACCACUAUUGAAUCAUUGUUGCUGUAUGUCAAACCUAGCCGACGUCUUAUUUUUAUUUUACAAAAAUAAUGCACACUUUGUAUUUACAAUGCAGUGAUGUAGUAUAGCAGCUUGUGGGAUUAAUUUAUUCUGUUUCAUUGAUUUUUAAAUGUUGUUAGUCCUGGUUUGUAGUAACUAGUAAGCUCGCUUUUUCAAGCAAUAUCAACUAUUUGAACAAUCUUAGUUUUUCAGUGAAAAAAUGUCGUUGAAUUACUGCUAUAUUUGGCAACGGAUGCUUAUUAUUUUUCUUGUUUUGUUAAUAAUACUUCAUAUGCUUGUAAAACAAAUUAAAUGUUUUGUUUGGGUUAUUUUUGUAUGGUUAUAUAGACCUAUAUUUAAGUUAAUUGUGUAAUAAAAUUGCAAGCACUUGAUUGCCAUAAUUCACAAACUUUGUACAUCAUGUUUCUAAUAGUUAGACCACUGCCUAUUCGACAGAUUUUAAAAUGUAACCAAGUAUUAGUUUACUUAUCAAUUUACAUUCAUAUUUUUACGCUGAAGUCAACUAAAUUGUCAUAUACUUAUUAUUCAAAAUACCAAAUAUUAUUUUUGUUUUUGCAUACCGUUAGCCUAUUUACACAAUUUUUUAUUUGAUUUUACAUUUUAUUUUUGAGGUAUUUUACACAUAAUUUUUCAAACAACAGUUGCAAGUACAAAAGGGUUAUAUUAUAUGGUACAAUCAUGGUUUAUUCAUUUCCUUAAUGUCCAGUAUUUUGAGAAUCUGUUCAAAAUUAAGAAUAUGUCUGACAUAUUCUUCAAUCAUAUCUAUACCUUAGCUUAUAUCAUCCUGUUUGCAAUAUUUAAUAUUCUUUGGUGCUUUUUUUUUCUGUAGUGUACACUAUUGCACAAUUUCCUAUUGUUUUAUAAAAUUGCACUUUAUAUCCACUGAAUAGUAGGAAUAUUUUAUGCUCACUUAUAUCUGCAUUGUGUAGUCAAACAAUAUUAGAAUUGCCGAGUCUGACUGAACUAGUCGACUUUUUCUUACGUUUUCACCAUGGUGCAUGCUUUUUAUCAUUAUGAUACUUCAUUAUAUUUCACUAAGUAUUAUAAACUUUAAAAAGGGAGAAACCCUAUCUGUUAAGGUCACAGAUUAUUUUUCUAAUUAAAACCGAGGACAGCAUGCAUUUUCAGAAAAAAUUUAGGAUCCUAUUCAUUAUUAACUAUAAGGCAAUUUGAAUUUGGUAUUUUUUCAUACAUGCUCCAUUUUUGCUUUAUAAAUAAUUUUGAUAUUCGGUAGAAAAAUCGAUUUCUUGAUUAUAUUUGGUUCUUUAACUAAAAAUUAUUUUUUUGGGGGUUCUUGCUUUAAAGUCCUCUUUCUACCAUAAAUUAAGAAGUUCUGCUCGGACAAAUUGGUACUUUAUACAUUACUGUUUUGCCUCUUCUAAUGAAAAAAUGUUUAAUGAGUAUUUGUCUUGAGGUAUGAGUGCCUAUGCCGGAGAUGGCGGACUGGUGUGGCCCGCCAUGUUUUUGAAUAUUCCACUGAUAAAAUAAUUUGUAGUAAGGUUAGGCUUGAUUAAUAAAUUUUAUGAGUGCUGUAUGUGUAAAGCAGCACCGGCGAUUAUUGAAAUAAUGCACCACAAUGUUUCUCAUGGAUGUUGACAUUCAUAAAAUCAAUGGCCCGUUUAUUCGUCUUCUUUAUCAUAAUAAAAGUAUAAUGCCAUACCUAUUCAGUAGAAAAAGGUUUGCCAUUCCUGACUCAUGUCAUGCUCAUAAAAGUAGUCUUAACCAAAUUAUGACAGAUUGGGUGCUCAGUAUUAGAGUAUCAAAAUAGUUAUAUUGUGGCAUAACUUAGCAUUGCCAUGUAGUAAUGUUUUUGGUUAGCCGAUUUCAUUUUUAAUGGAAGUUGAAUCAGCCUUUACGUGUUGUAAUCAUGUAACAUUUUUUGUUUGAAAUAAUGUAGUAACAUAUGCAUAACCUACGUUUUGUUUCUGAAGUAAUGCAGUUGAACUAUUGGGUUCUGAAUUUAUGCACUACUGCUUGUAUUGUAUCCAUUAUUAUACUGAUGCUUUUUUAACUAAUGCUCUUAUUCGAUUACUUUAG